GCCCGAGAGCGGAAGAGCAGGAGAACAGCGAAGACGGACAGAGAGGGCGGUGGGUGGGGAGUUGGGAGGUCAGGAGAGGCGAAGUCGGCAGUUAUUAUGCUGCGCCGGAUCCUGGCCUUACUCGCUCAUCCUUGUUUUCUCCCCAGCAGCGGCCCCGGAACUGUCAGGAGCGGCAACAUGUUCUACGCGGUUCGGAAGGGCAGGAGGACCGGCGUGUAUCGCACCUGGGAGGAAUGUAAAGAACAAGUUGACAAAUAUAAAUAUGCUAGCUUCAAGAAGUUUUCAACAGAGGAAGAUGCUUGGGACUUCGUAAAUGAUGGAUCAACAGGUACAUUUUGUCAUUCAACUGGCACACUGGCAGGGAAUGCAGCACAUGCAGAUGCAUCACCACCUAAUGACCCAGCGGUUGUUACAGAAGCUUAUGAAAGGCCAAGAAAUAAUCGGUUCAGGGUAAGACGACAACAUCGUCGUCAGAUUAUAGUUUCAUACAAGAGACCAUAUGAACAGCCCUCAGAAAACCAACGUGAGAGAAAGCGUGUAAAAUACACUGAGGUACCUUACACACCUCCAGAACGCAAAGAUGAAUUCUCAUAUACGGGAGAUUAUGCAGUUGUUUAUACUGAUGGGUGUUGCUCAAGUAACGGGCGCCGUACACGUGCUGGAACUGGUGUCUAUUGGGGACCCGAUCAUCCUUUAAAUAGUAGUGAAAGACUUCCUGGGCGGCAGACUAAUCAAAGGGCUGAAAUACAUCUUGCAAAGCAACUAGAGCAAGCCAAGAGUCAAAAUAUCAAUAAACUGGCAAUCUAUACUGACAGCAAGUUCACCAUCGAAGGUAUGACAAGCUGGGUUAAAAACUGGAAGAAGAAUGAUUGGAAAACAUACAAAGGAGCAGAUGUAACAAACAGAGAGGACUUUGAAAGGCUUGAUAAGCUUUCGGAAGGCAUGGAUAUCCAGUGGAAACACGUUCCAGGUCAUUCUGGCUUUUCUGGAAAUGAAGCAGCUGAUCGACUAGCAAAAAAAGGAGCUGGAAAGUCCUUGUCCUAGAAUGUGUUAGAAAUAUCCAUUGACUUUGGGGGAAGAGUAACAACAUUUCUGACUAACAGGAUGCAAUUGUCAUGGAUAAAUGUGAGUUUUACUGACACUCCAUCCAGUUUAUUGAUAUUGAGAAGCCUCAGGUUUUGAUACUUAGGAGUAUUCUAAAAACGGCUAGAGAUAUUUGAACAAAAUGCUUGUUUGAUGCAUUCUGGUUAUGAAGAGUUACGACACCACAGAAUUUUACGUAAGGCGUUGCCAGAGCAUGUCGUUUGUUUCACAGUUGUACAUUCAAGAGUUGUGUUUUAUAUAUAAAAAAUUAAUAAAAGUUUUUGUUUUU